GCCGCGCGGCCCGCUGUCUUCGAGCAGGUCGCCGCGGGCUGGCACGCGCCACUCGGUUCCGGAGUAAAUAAGGGAGAGACUCUCCCGAGCACAGUAAUUGGAGUCCAAGUGGGCGGGGAGCCGUCCCGCGCCUCCGGCUCAUGUCUCUGCAGAGCCGAGUGUCCCGCCGCCUGACACAGCUGCGCGUGGAGGGGCAGCUGUUCGGCGCUCCGCGCCCCUGGCCCUGCCCCUCGGCGGGUGCCACGCGGACCCGCGGCAGUGCGUGCGCCCCCCCGGCGUCCCUGGGGGCCUACGCCCCCCGUGCGCGGAUCCCAGCGGGAGUUGGGGCUUGGGGGGAGGCGGCCGUGGGGCCAAGAGCUGGGGUGCGCACCUGGGCCCCCCUGGCCAUGGCGGCGAAGGUGGACCUGAGCACCUCCACAGACUGGAAGGAGGCAAAAUCCUUUCUGAAGGGCCUGAGUGACAAGCAGCGGGAGGAACAUUACUUCUGCCGGGACUUCAUCAGGCUGAAGAAGAUCCCAACCUGGAAGGAGACCGCGAAAGGGUUGACCGUGAAGGUGGAGGAGCCUAAGUAUAAGAAGGACAAGCAACUCAACGAGAAGAUCUCCCUGUUCCGAGGUGAUAUCACCAAACUGGAGGUGGACGCCAUCAUCAACGCCGCCAACAGCUCCCUGCUCGGAGGCGGAGGCGUGGACGGCUGCAUUCACCGGGCCGCCGGGCACCUGCUCACCGACGAGUGCCGGACCCUGCAGAACUGCGAGACCGGCAAGGCCAAGAUCACUGGCGGCUAUCGGCUGCCGGCUAAGUAUGUCAUCCAUACGGUGGGUCCCAUUGCCCACGGAGAACCCAGCGCCAGCCAGGCUACCGAGCUCCGCAGCUGCUACCUGAGCAGCCUCGACCUGUUGCUGGAACACCGGCUCCGCUCGGCGGCGUUCCCCUGCAUCUCCACUGGUGUGUUUGGCUACCCCAACGAGGCGGCGGCUGAGGUAGUGCUGACCGCGCUGCGCGAGUGGCUGGAGCAGCACAAGGACAAGGUGGACCGGCUUAUCAUCUGUGUGUUCCUGGAGAAGGAUGAAAAUAUCUACCUGCAACGGCUCCCCCACUACUUUCCCGCGGCCUGACGGCACCCUGCCGCCCACCCUGACCAGGACUGACUCGCCUGGGCCUGCCAGACCUCGCUCCCAGCUCUGAGAGGUCUCCGAAGCUUACAGCUGGGCCUGGGCCUGGCCACCCCAUCCUUUCCUUCAGCCCCCUCCCCCAGGAGAGGAGCCUCCUAAUAAAGACCACCCUUGUUGCA